AUGCUACAAGCAACUUCGUCAACAUCCUCGGACACUGUGGGACAGUCAGAGGACAUGGCACCAGCUGGAAGGAAAAUAUGUUCUGCUAUCGAAGAUGAACUGGUUAGGACCGCUCAAGCUGAUUGUCGAAGUCUUGUUUCAAAUGAUCUUCUUUCUGCAGAAAAGGCCGUGCGACAGUUAAGUCCGUCAACAUCCUCGGACUCUGUGAGACAGUUAGAGGACAUGGCACCAGCCGGAAGGAAAAUAUGUUCUUCUGUUGAAGAUGAGCUGGUUAGGACCGCUCAAGCUGAUUGUUGAAGUCCUGUUUCAAGUCAUCUUUUUUCUGCAAACAAGGCCAAGCCACAAGCAACUCCACCAGUAUCCUCGGAUGUUGUCGGACAGUCAGAGAACAUGGCACCAGCCAGAAGGAAAAUAUCUUCUGCUAUGGACAAUGAGCUGGUUAGAACUGCUCAAGCUGAUUGUCCGAGUCCUGUUUCAAGUCUUCUUUCUGCAAAAAAUGCCAUGCUGCAACCAACUCCUCCAGCAUCUUCGGACAUUCUGGGACGGCUAGAGGACAUCGCACCAGCCAUAAGGAAAAUAUUUUCUUCUAAAGAAUAUGCCACCACCCCUCAAGCUGAUUGUCGAAGUCCUGUUUGCAGUCAUUUUCUUUCUUUGGAAGAGGAUCGACCCGAGGAAAGCACAUCUGUACCUAAUCAAAAUCAAACUCCAAUAAUUCAAGAUGUGAACUCAACUUUCAACAAAGUAGAAUCAUUCCUCAAGUCUAUCCCGGAGGAACUUUUUCUUUCACUAUCAGGUACACCAAUUUCUAAUGUGGAGUCUGCAAAGGAAAUAGUCAGACAUUUUGUUGGAGGACCAUUGAAGAUGUUGGUGGACCCAGCUAAUGAAAAGGCAUUGAAGGAUGCGAUUAACUUACUGAACGAGAAUCUCUCGUCAUUCACUGACGAACAAGCCAGGCUGUUGGUAAAGAUCAAACAUAUAUUCCCUUCGAUGGUUCAAGAUCUGAGGGACUCAAGCCAGACCGAGUCUAGUUGCCAAGACUUCUUCACUGAUCUUGAGAAGGACAGAAAAACUUUAGCUGACUUUAGGAACACUGACUUGGAAUUGAAGUUGAAGUAUGAUCAAGAAGAGGCUGAAGAGAAAGAAAUGGAAACUAUGCUUAUGUUCCUUAGGAAGAGGAAGGCUGAAAUUCUGGAGAAAAGACACGAAUUAUCUGUAAAGGCUAACGACAUUAUGUCUUCAGCAGAAGAAAAAACAGGUAAGAUUGAAGACACCAAAAUACUGUUGGUCAAGGCAAAAGAAAAAAUCGAUAGCUUAAAGAGGCAAUGGUCUAUUCUUAAAUCUGUGCAUCUGUAGCUUCCCAGAUUACAAUACGAAUUUCAACUGACAAACCACAUUGUUUCUGUGUUCUUGAAUUUGAAUUUCAGCUCUUAUAAUUGUUGUAUAGGGCAAUGCUUGUGCUAAUCCGUGCAUACUCUUUUGGUAAAAACGAAAAAGAAACGGGAUUUCCCUGAAGGGACAUCUUGAAUGGGCUAGUUUUUGCAGUCAAUGGCUGAGUGUAGAGUUCGGUAUGAUGACAAUGAUUAAUAUCUGUUAUAUAUGAAAACUGUUAUGAAAUAUAGAAUGGAUGUCCACUACACAAAUAUAAUGCCUCUUUCAUUAUCUUCCACCAUAUUAAUGGUUCUUCCAUUAUCUCAUAUAUUGAAUGCAUAUGUAGCACUAUAAAUAGAGGCAUAAGUCUUCAUAUGUAAUGUACUUGAAACACAUUUU